AUGAAUCGGGGCCUAGGACCUAGUCAAGCUUCCACGAAUUCGAACGGUUCUGCUGAAGCUACGCCUGUGGAGCCAGUACCCCAACUCACCUGGGCACAGAAGUUGAUGCAGGUCCCAAAGAAACCGGAGGCUGCUCCGCAGAAGCCCAAGACCCAGCUGGUUUCAAUCCUCAAAAAUUCAGCCAAAGCUCUGGCAAAAGGUCCUGAAAGUCCAAGAGAUGUUGACUCUGGAGGGUUUGCAACAGAAGUAAAUCCUCCUCCGCCUCCUCCCUAUCCUCCACAGGCUCCAAUGCCAUCGAACCCGAUAGCAGCUCCGAAGUACCCUCCACCACCUCCACUACACCCGCCAAGCCAUUACUUGACGCCUGUCAGUCCAAUGGCAUCCAGUCCUCGCAUGGAUUCUGGAGCGUCAGGUGGGGCGGUAGAAGAUAAAAUGCGGGUGACUGGAGAGAGCUUCCAUACCACGCACGCACCUGCUUCAAGUGGACCCGGAACUGAAUCGGAGAAUUCAUCACCACACCGCACUCCUCAGAGCCAAUUUGUGGAUGAAGCAAGCGACGACGAAUCCUUCCGCUCGGACAGUGAAGAAGAUGUUCCAGACUAUUGGGAUGGCCAGUUUGAAGAAGACGAGGAGACAGUCAUUUCGGAGCAUGCAAAGCUUCAGGAAGUGGUUGCUGAAAUGAACACGCAAGGAGACAUCCAUUGCAUCGGAGACCUCAAAGGGCGCUUGGUCUCUGGGACGUUCCGUGUUGUUUCUGGAUCCGACUUCAGAGGUCGGAGAUCCAAAGCACAGCUGGUUGUGGAUGAAGGACCCAAGAAGAUGUUGGGCUGCCGUGUGCAUGUCGUCGGCAAUAUGAACCGUAAGCGUGCCUGGGAUCAUGAUCGCUGCUGGGUGAAGAUUUUGGCUGCAAGGGUAGCGACUGAUGGCACGAGACGUGGGCAAGACCAGGACAUGUCCCGCCCUUGGAAUGCUGCCACAGCUCAGCUCACAACUUUUUUUGGUCAUGUGGUCCUUUCGCAAGAGCAGCGCAGCCCACGACAAGACAAAGUGGUCUGUAUGCGUUCUCGCCUCGUUCGCAGCACCACCAGCAUGAUGUUCCGGCCGAUCAAUGGGAAAUUUCCGAUGAUUGCAGUCCCGUGGAAUCCACAGAAGGAAGCGCCAAAUCUUUACGAUCUUCAUGUGAUUGAGCUUCAAUCUUGGAAAAGCGACAAAGGCCCCAAAAAGAUCGGCCAUCCAGUUGGAAUUUAUGAGGAGGAAUUGAACAUGCGAUCCCGUGAUAGUGAUGAGUCGGUGCUGUAUUCCAUCAAGAGAUCUCUGAACUAUUGUGACUGGGAAGACCAUUCAAUCUACAGCUCAAUUCCUGUGGAUUCCGGGCUCCAGGACAUCGCAAAGCUGCCAGAGAUCGACCGGAGGGAGGACUUGCGGGGCAUGUUUACCCUUUGCAUCGAGCAUCAAACUUGGCCUGCAAAUAUGGCUAUUUCGAUCAACGAGAACGAGAUAAGGGUGCAUGUGAUCGAUGUGACAGAGUACCUUUCUCAAGAGGUGUCUGGGAAGGAUCUGGAAGCUCAGGCACGGGCACGGAGCUGUGGAGCCUGGCUGUUGGAUUGCAAGGACCAGCCAGUCAGCAGCAACUUGCCCCUGUUGCAGCCGGAGUUUACUUCGAAGAUUGACUUUGCCGAAGGAGAAGAUAGGUUGGCUUUGACAUUCCGCUUUUCUCUUGAUGGCGACGGGAUCCAAAUUCCAAAGAGGAAAGCCGCCCCAGACAAUUACUGUGAAUCUGUUGUGCGCUGUGACCGGCGGCUCACCUUUGCCGAAGCCGAGAAAGCAAUGGCUGAAGGUUCAGGUUUGGGAGCAACUCUCCAGAAGCUCAGUCUCAUCACAGAUCUGUUCGAAGAGGCGGCAUUUCAGAAAGGUCAGUCAUUCCCUUUCGAGCAUUGGGAACCCCAGGUGGGCCUUCAGCUGCCUGUCGCGGGAUUUCUCAAGACUCGAAGAAUCGUGGAGUGUUUGUCUUUCAUGGUGAACCUGUAUGCUGGUCAAGUCCUUGACCGGCAGUCCCUUUGGGAAUCCUUCCUGUCAGCACAAACAGAUGCAGACUUCACACUCACAGAUGUAAACUUUAUGCCCAGCUUUGUCUAUGGUCGAGCCGACACUCAGCACCACCGGGCUUUGCAUCGACUACUUCAGUACCAUCCAUCAGCGGCUCCUACAGGGGUGCAAACCAGUGAAGCGGUUGAAGCGCUCACGAGGAUCUUAGGCCAGGAACAUUUGUCACCUGACCAGCGUUUUGCUUUGCAGAAGGCCUUCCUUCGUCAGAUUCGGAUGGGUUUCCCACGUGGCUUUUACCACCUUGGCCGGGAAAAACUUCCGUGGAGCACUGGGACGACAGAGGGGCAGCUCUUUCAUCGUCCUCGCAUCUUCCAUGUGGCAGCACCAAUGAAUCGCUACAUUGAUUUGUUGGGCCAACGAGCCUUGAAAUGGUUCAAGGGAUGGACUCCCGGCAUUUGCUCCUGGCUGCGACCCACAAUAGAGCAGAUGCAAGAAACAGUGGAUCGCACGAAUGCUCGAAUGGAUUCCCAUCGAUUUGCCGGCUAUGUCAUGCGCCACAUCUCUCACAUGCGUGAGCUUGCACCAUCUUCGAAGAAAGUGAGAAAUGCGGUCGUGGGCUAUGUCGGACCUUCGAUGAUUGAGGUACUUUUCCCACAUGGCUCUGGCACUCACUUCAGCAUGAGCAUCCCCACCAGUGCAAUCCGAAGUGCCACGUGUCAAGUGGAGUUCGACACGGAGUUGCAACAGCUCAAGAUCGUGAAUGUGGACCAUUGGCGUGGUCAAUCCGCAAGUCGCUGGAGUGUCUGCCCCUGGAGUACGGAGGUGAGCUGCACCAUUUCCCGAAACUUUGCACAGCCCAUCAAGCACCAUGCCUCUGCGAACGCCAUGUUCAUCACUGAGAUCACCUUCACCACAUCUUCAGGAAAAAUUUCACUGAACAUCGGACACCGCAUGUAUCCUGAAGUCUUUUCUGCGUUCCCCGACCUCAAGAACGUCCAUCUCAUGGAGAAGGACUUGAGUGUCUAUGCCGAAACCUGGUUUGAGAUUUGGCGUUGUCGCACUCAUGCUGCUGCUUCAGAAACAGCCGCAUACACUGAGUGGAUGCGGCCCGUGCGGCUUACCUUCGAACAAGAGAAAAAGUUUUCGUGCGUCUUGAUUCCUCCAGAAUCUGCCUACGAUAAGAUUGAAAAAGGAGAUCUUGCGAUUCUCCGAGCAUCAGAUGACGGUAGAGAGGCCUUCCUGUAUGGUGAGAUUGCCAGUUGCGAAGCGAAAAGGAAAUACAAGUCAGCUAUGUGCAACAGAAGGAACUGUCCACAGAUCCACUGCGACUUCCGACAUCCAGGAGAAGAGGCAGAAGGAACUUUGUUCUGGUUAGAGGUGGAGCUCUCAGAAGUGAGCUACCUGGCACUGCAGGAGCAGCAGCAGUUCUUGGACAUGGUCAAUCGCACCCGUGGAGGGGCAGCAUUUCAGCUCCAGAUUGUGGGAGUUCCGGUGGUGGACAGGCAGAAUUUGAAGCUCAUGAAUAAACUGCCUGAGAAGUUGAAGACUCGGCAAGGAAGGGAAUGCCCUGUGGCAGCACACUUGACAAGCCUGCAGCCUCAGAAUGUGCUGGAAGAGCAAAAAGACAUGAGACCGCUGGCCACUCGUGAACAAGUUGAAGCUGCGGUCGGAGGACGUGGGCAAUUUCGGGUGCCAGCUAGUGCAUUGAAUGACCUGCAGAUGGAAGCGGUGAAACAAGGUCUUCAACGAAGGUUUUCUGUGGUUCAAGGACCUCCUGGAACAGGCAAGGCAACAUUCCUGGUUCACCUGGUCACUUCACUCGCAAACCUAGAGGUCGAUCCCACUGUACAACGAGUCAGGACUGGAACUCAAGCGGCCGGCUCUGCACAGGACUCCUUUGGCCGAAUCCUUGUCACCACUCCAUCGAACCAAGCAGCUGACGAAUGCCUUCGGAGGCUGAUCCAGGAGACAAACAUUCCCGAGCAAUACAUUACUCGAGUGUAUGCACGGACCAUUGAGUACAAGUAUGGCAGCAAACUGCGCCACGGUUGGGAUCCCCACGAUUCCAACUUGAUUCGAACACAGCACCAGGUGGCUGAGUUCCUGCAAGAACACGCGCUGCAUAACAAGGUCAUGCAAACCCAGGAAGUUCGACAGAAGAAAGAAGGUUCACCUGAGUAUGACGAGGCAUAUGAGGACGCAGAACAAAAGAUCCUCAAGAAGAGCAGAAUUGUGAUCACAACCUGUUCUUCUGCAAUGUCUCAUGGUGCACUCAAAGAGAUCGAUGAGAAUGUGCAGACCAAGGGCAAGAAGGGCACACGACGAGGUCGUGUCCAGAGUGUGACCUUCCGAUCCGUGGUCGUUGAUGAGUGUGCGCAGGCAACAGAGCCUGAGGUGGUGCUAUGCGUCAUGCGUGCACAGGAUCGAGCUAUCUUGGUGGGCGACCACAAGCAGCUUGGUCCUGUGGUGACCGAGCACAACCUCUGCAGGGCGUACCUGUCCAUGUUGGAGAGGCCAAUUCUAGAGAGACUUGCGGAGAGAAAGGAACAACACCGCCAGCGAUUGCCCAGCACAAUGCUGCAAAAACAGUACCGAAUGCACACUUCCAUCUCUCACUUCCCGUCAAAACACUUCUACAACGAUCGGCUGGAGAAUGUGGAGAAUCUGAUCUUGCUGGACGCUGCCAAAUCAGUAUUUCCACGGCCAAACCAGCGCGUUGUAUGGAUUGAUUGUGACAGCCCACACCAACUUGGCAGAGUCAUCCAGGUGGGGAGUUCUAGAAGCCUCAAUGAGACGGUCUUGGAAAACAAUACAUCGUUGGAGAACCCGGGUGAAGCAGAUAUCAUUGUGGAAGCAUACAAGCGCUUGCUAGCGGAGCGCUGUUGCACAGCUAGGGACGUGGCCAUCAUUACACCCUACAAAGCCCAGCAGCAGUACAUUGAAAGGAAAUUGAAUAAUCUCCCUGGCACCUUGGGGAAAAAUGCUUCCGCAACUGCAGUGGGCACGGUCUUUAGCAUGCAAGGCUCUGAGCGGCACUUCGUUUUGCUCAGCUUCGUUCGAAGCGUGGCUGAAGGUUGGGCCCUCCAAAAUCUUGCAAUGCAGGGCUCAGAGACUGAAAUUCGCGUUGCGGUCACAGCCAACAAUCCCGCUCUACGACAGACGUUUGAGUCGCACAUUGGAAUUGCAGCCAAGGCAACCUUGCUCAAUGUUGCUUUGACAAGAGCGAAGAGCGGGCUGGUGAUAGUUGGCAAUCGGACCGUUCUUAGUGAAGGCUCAGAAGACUUCUUCCAGUUAGCUUCUGACCUCGAUGAUCGAGGCAACUUAGUUGGUGCGGCACAGUUUCGUGCCAGCCGUUUUUAGACUACCAUCUUUGUGCUGGCGAACCCAUCAGCACGACUUAUGAUCGUGAAAGGCAAGAUCAAACACGCAUGCAUU